AUCUCAGGCGGAACGCGGGAAGGAAGCGAAAGCCUUAGAUAAACCAGCUGGACGUCACCCUCCAGAGCCUGACUAGGAGUUGGACAGGGCCAGGUGGCCCCGAGAUGUGGAAAGACUGGAGACCUCAGUCCCUCAUGCUCCCAUUUCUUCUGCUAGCGUGGCUGACUCUGCUAGGCUAUGGCAACGAGGGCAGCAGCACUGGAAGUUGUUACUGUAAUAAAUCUUAUUUUGGCACUCCCCCGGUUCACAUCAUAGAACAUCUACGAAAUCACCUGAAAGUUUAUGAUCGGUGUACUUCCUACAUCAGGUUCCACCUACGUUCCCGGACUGUGUGUGGGGGGAGCAAAGAACAAUGGGUGAUUGAAUUGGUGAGCUGCUUGGAUCUCGGAGAAUGUGGACAUGAUUACUACAGGAGAGUGGUUCACCGGGAGCAUUUACGUCCCCCUAGCACCCAGGUUCCUGAGCUCACAAAAAGUUCACCUUCAGACGUGGGCACCCCUGUCCAGAGGUAUCUGCCACCCAUCCUGCUGCAGUCUACCCAGCAGCCUACCCUUCCAGCAGGAGAACUGUCCUUGGACAAAAAGCUCACCCACACCAAUGAAACCAGUACUUCCUCUGUGGGCAGCAGUCUGGAGGCUGGGGAGAACCAGAAGCAGAUGAAAGAAAAUAUGGGUCCUACAGCUGAAAUAUCAGUGAUGGUGCCAGUGCUGUCCCUCUUGGCCAUCGUUUUCAUCCUCAUUGGAGUACUCCUCUAUGUGCUGUGUAAGAGGAGAAAGCCAUCACUGCAGUACCCUCCAGAUUUGCAGUUUCAUUACAUACCUGUGACACCGGACUCAAAUGCUUGAACUAAGAAUGGAAGCUCGUGAAUAUAGAGAUUGUGAUUUAUUUAGAAUCAUACACAUUUAAUGCACUCAAUCAAUCUCUGGAACAUGGUAGGCACUUUGUACAUACUUGUUAAUGGUUAAUAUGUAAAUAACUAGCCACUGCCCUGA